GCCGAGCCUUUCCCUCUGUCUCUCUCUACAACUCACUCUUCUGGUUCGAUAGCAGAACAAGGAAGAGAUCAGGUGAGAAGACUGCCAUGAACUCAUCGUCGUCGACAAAUCCUCCGCCUCCGCAUCCUCCGCAGCCGUCGACGUCGACGGCUACGGCAGAUGGGUCCAGCAAGAAAGUCCGGAAGCCUUACACCAUCACCAAGUCACGUGAGAGCUGGACUGAAGAGGAGCACGACAAGUUCCUCGAAGCCCUUCAGUUGUUUGACCGUGACUGGAAAAAGAUUGAAGAUUUUGUGGGUUCAAAGACAGUAAUCCAGAUAAGGAGUCAUGCCCAGAAGUACUUUUUAAAGGUCCAAAAGAAUGGAACAAUUGCACAUGUGCCUCCUCCUCGGCCUAAGCGCAAAGCUGCUCAUCCUUACCCACAGAAGGCAUCAAAAAAUGUUUUGGUGCCUUUGCAAGCGUCUGUUGCUUAUCCUUCUUCAGUGAAUACCAUUUCACCUGGAUAUGCUUCAUGGGAUGAAGCAUCCUUGCUGGUGAACACUACAACGAGCCAAAUCAUGCCACCACAAGAUGAAUUCACAACUCUUCAUGGAGCUGAAGCUGAUAUUGGAUCAAUGGGCAUAACAAGGAUUAGUAACAAUAGUGUUAGUGGUAUGGGAAGCUUAAGCAGGACGGUACUGAGUUCUGAGAUGCCAGAGCAAGGGAAACAUGCUCCCAUGCUUCAUGGCAUACCUGAUUUUGCUGAAGUCUAUAGCUUCAUUGGGAGCGUCUUUGAUCCAAACACCAAAGGCCAUGUCCAAAAACUAAAAGAAAUGGAUCCCAUUAAUUUUGAAACUGUUUUGUUAUUGAUGAGAAACCUCACUGUCAACUUGUCAAGUCCAGAUUUUGAGCCAAUUGUAAUGAUAAGUAUGAAUAUAUCCACUGUUAAAUGCCUUAAGAAAAUUCUAACCACAAAUUCCAAAUUGGCUUGUUAUCCACCAGAUAUGCAUUCUGAAGGAUCCCUUUCAAUUGCCUUUAGUGAAGCGUCUGGGACCAUAAAAUUCACCAUUGUCAACUCAUCUGUCUUGCAACUUUGAUUAUUUAAAUAGAAAAGAAAAAUGAAAAAAAAAAUUCCAGGAGGAAAAUUAAAGUUAAACCAAAGGAUUAAGUGUAGGUGAAUAGUGACAUUGGCUCAGUUCAGUAGUCAAUUGAAAUACUAAAUCUUAGACUCUUAGGGAUAUCUUAUGUUCUUACACUAGCUACUCUAGCCAUUAGGGAGAAACUCCCAUUCCUAGGGACCGGAAGACUGAUGGAAAAUGCUUUUGAGUUGAAAAAACAGAAAUUUCGAGGAUGCAUGUUGAAUGCUUAUGCUUUUGCAUUCAUUCUGUCACCUUGAGCUAGAGGGAAACAACUUUUUAACUUUUGCAUUCUUCUUUUCCAUUAACCAGUAUAUAUAAUUUUUUUGGUAAUAUUUACCUAGCUGGUCUCGGUGUUUGGUUCAGAGGAAGGUCCUAUCAUCAUAUGAUGUCAAGACCAAAACAGUGGCAGUUGCUGCUGGAAUAAUUCCCAAGAACCAAACAAAUGAUUUAUCAUGUUGAGCAUUUUUAUUAACACACCGGGAUGCUUGGAGCCUGAUGAAACAUCUACCUUUGAUGUUUGCGAGAUUAGAGAUGACCUUGCAGCCACAAAGAGGUUGCUCCUUUCUACUGACUUUCAAGCUCCAUUUGGGAGUUAAAUACUGCAGCAGUAGAAUCAUUGAGAAUGGUUUAUCCUCCUAUUUUGACCUUUGACCAGAUACUUGUGUAUAUUUCUACUAGAUUUGUUUAUGGGCUGUUGUACCACCUAAUCCCCGGAGAUGCCUUGAAAAAAAAAAAAAAAGUAAUUACGAGAAAUGUGAAUCUCUAAUAGCAAGAUUAUGUUUAUGCAUUGUGAAUCUGGCUACAAGAAUUAUAUUCAUUUUAUUAAAUUAGUAAUUUAUUAAGAAUUUUUAAUUUU